AUGGACAAUCUUAACAAAGCUCAUGACGAGGGAGUUGUAAUCGGUCUCCAUGAAGUUUCCGGAGUACAAGAACGGCUCGACAUCGACGUGAUGUUGUUGACUCAGCCUGAUACCUUCAACCUGUUUCUCAUCGCACUGAUGGAACUCCAGGGCAAAAAGGUAAACUGGGAAGUCGAUGCUGGCUAUUCCUUCACAUCGAAGGAGAUCAUGUCUUGGUUCCAGAUCGCGGCCAUACAUGGGCUGCCAGCCGAUGUGUGGAGUGGGGAAACGGAACGUGGAAAGAAACCCGACCAAACUAUUGAGAAUGGUGAUGGUGGUUACUGUGCCCACGGCACCGCUACCUUCUCGCCCUGGCACCGGCCCUACCUUGCCAUGCUUGAACAAACUCUGUUCCGCCAAGUCGCCAAUGUCGCUGAACGAUUCUCUAGGUCUAAGAAAGUUUCGGAAGCAGAUAAGAAAAAGUAUACCGCUGCUGCCAAGAAGUUUCGGCUUCCGUACUGGGACUAUUAUCGUCCCAGAGACUACAACGUCACGAUCCCAGGAGUUGUAGAUGGAAACACGACAACGUCUCCGUAUGACUAUCAUGCACCAAAGAUCUUCACAGUGAAGAAAGUAAUGGUCAAGGUUCUCCCUGACAACGAACUCAAAGCCAUGGACAACCCGUUCUUUAACUACCAAUUUGAGGCUGCAGACUCAAGUAGGAUUCAGUGGGAGUUCUCUGAUCUUGAUACAACACUGGACCACGCCAAAGACUUCACCUUUCGUCACGGAGGAUCCGACCCAGCCAAUGCCGCAUCCAUGAAUACAGUUCUCAACAAGAUUCGCGAGGACGAGAUGCGUUGCAGUCUCUCCAUGAUUGAGUCCGGAGUCUACAGUAACUUCCAAGCAUUCUCAACCGAUGGUGUCAACUUGGGCCAAAAGUUCAAGUAUCUGAGAGACAAAAAGGAGAUCCUCAGAACGAACACCGGAUCAAUCGAGGGUCUUCAUAACGAUUACCACGUGUUCAUAGGUGGUUUCCAAGGAACCCGCGGUAACAUCAAAUCUACCAGUGGACAUAUGAGCUGCGUGCCUGUGGCGGCAUUCGACCCUAUCUUCUGGAUCCAUCAUUGUCAAAUCGAUAGAUUACUUGCAGUUUGGCAGGCUGCUAAUGGUCAGGAGCACUGGUUUAACGAGUUGAAAGAUGAUGAAGAAAAGGCUAAGGCCGGUUUACCUCUGUACCCGUUCCGCAAGUGGCCUCUCACCGAGGACAAAGCAGAAAGGUACUGGACCCCUGAUCGAGCGUGGAAGACCCAGGCCUUUGGAUAUGUCUAUCCGGAAACAGUUGGGGAAAAGGCCCGAGAUCAAGUCCGGGACGAAUUUGCGCGAAAGUAUGGCUGGAGCCGAAGACUCGAUGUCAACCAAGACUUUGGGGCUCCCCCAGCAGAUAUGCUGCCUUUGGACCUUUCGAAAGCACAAGUCUUCGAUUACCAGUCUGAUGAUUCUCCUCCAGAAUUCUUCAUACCUUUCAUUCCGCCGAGCCUCCAGAAGAGGACUGAACAGGAAGUGCUGGCAGCAGCAACCCCAACCUCCAAGACCUCGCAAGAAUGGUACAUCGAUGUUGUUGUCGAGAGAAUGGCAAUGAAUGGAUCAUACACCAUCUUCUACAUCAUCGGUGACGUUGAAGGCGAGUCUGGUCUCGAGUGGUCUUCCCUUCCUGGCUUUGUGGGAGUUUCUCAUAUCUUCACCUCCCGCACUGAGACUUGCAACAACUGCGCACGCCAAGAGGAGGAAGUCCAGCUCGUUACCAGCACGACACCAAUCACUUCUCUGUUACUUGACUAUGCAAACUCUGGAAAAUUAGGCAGCAUGAGUCCCGAGGAUGUUGAGCCAUUCCUCGUCAAGAACUUGAAGUGGCGCGUUCAAACUGUCGGUGGGGAAGUCAUUGACCCUAGGGACCUGGACAGCAAACACACUAUGAAGCUUGGUAUCAGUCGCAAGACAGCGCCUAUGCCUGGACAGACUGGUGAUACUGACUACUCCUUCCACCCUCAUGUCAUUAAGAACAUCAUUGAUAACGCAUCUCCCAAGAUGACGCCUUUGUCCGUCCAGUAA